CGAUCAGUUCACUCGGUCUUUGUGGAGCGUUAUCGUCAUUGUCGUUGUCGUUUUCCGCUGCGUUAUCCACCGUCUCUCGCCUGCUGCCGUCACUGUAGUCAUUAUUGUUAUUAUUAUAAAGCCGUGUUCUUGUCUACAGAGCAGUGCAGGUUAAAUCUCGGUGCGUAGCUUUCGAAAAAAUAAAAAUACCGUUUCAUGAUUAUCAGCGGAUAGUACUAAAAUUGCAAAUUUUUGCGCGAAUUCUCAAAUUUUCUCAACUAAAAGUGGUCGAAAAUACCGUAAUAGGUAUUUACAAAAUAAUAAAAAAAAACCCUGUAAGAAACAGGAAAAAAGUUCACAAAAAAUGUGCAAGCAGAAACUAAACAGUCGCGAAAACAAAAGAUAAAACAGCUUAGCAGCAAAUGAUGCGAAUUUAAAAGCAUGAAAGUGCUGUGCAGAAUUUCAUAAUGUGUUCAUAGCACGCGAAAUCGCAUACGAAGGAUAAACAAACAAACGAAAUAAAAAAAUAAAGUUAAUAAUAAGCUAAGCGUAAAGUUCGUGUAAACAUUCAGCAAACAGUAAAACAGCAUUGGAUUAUCGACUUGGCGCAAAUUGUUUAAGGCAAAAGCGAACACGUAGAGCAAAAUAACAAAUUAAAAAUUUUCAAGUGUCUGUGCUUAGAACGAAAAAAGUUUACUGUAGAAUUCCAAAUAAUAGUGAGUUAUAAAAAAUUUACUUUUCGAAACUUUAUUGCAAGUGCAAAAGUUGACAUUUUAGUCAUUGUGCCUGUGCAUCGUUGCUUCUAUAUUUGGAAUACCUGUAAGCUUUCAGCCGUCACCAACGCAAACCACAACUGAGCCGUAACCUAGCCGUAGGGGAAACAGCUCCAACGUUAAAAAAAAGUUUGACCUUCAACUGCUAACCCAUCAGACGUCACAGUGGCUCUACACUCAACAGAAGCCUUAAUGGCUGCGGGUUUCUUGAAAUCCGGCGAUUUGGGUCCACAUCCGCACAGCUAUGGCGGCCCACAUCCACAUCAUUCGGUGCCGCAUGGGCCGCUGCCGCCAGGAAUGCCAAUGCCUUCGCUUGGACCCUUCGGAUUACCCCACGGCUUAGAAGCUGUUGGGUUCUCCCAAGGUAUGUGGGGUGUGAAUACAAGAAAGCAAAGACGUGAACGAACAACAUUUACGCGCGCCCAACUGGAUGUGCUGGAGGCGUUAUUCGGCAAGACCCGCUACCCGGACAUCUUUAUGCGAGAGGAAGUUGCGCUGAAAAUCAAUCUACCCGAAUCCAGAGUGCAGGUUUGGUUCAAGAAUCGACGCGCUAAAUGUCGCCAGCAACUCCAGCAGCAACAGCAAUCCAACAGCCUUAAUAGUUCGAAGAAUGUCAACUCCGGCUCUAGCUCCUGCUCUUCAUCGCGCAAUACAUCGAAUAAUAAUAGUAACAACAACAAUUCCAGCUCAUCCAAUGCCAACAAAUCAAGUUCCCACUCAUCGCACUCGACGUCCGGCAGCGGUGGCAGUGGCAACAAAUCGAGUAACUCCUCGGGCGCUGGCGCCCAUGUGAACAACUCGAAUAGUGGGGGCGGCUCAUCCGCAGCAGCCGCCGCUGCCGCCGCCGCAGUCGCACAGUCGAUUAAAUCCCAUCAUAGUUCCUACCUGAGUGCGUCCUCUUCCGGCUCAGCGAUAACGCCCACCUCCGGCUCGAUCGUAUCGUCGCACUCGCACUCAUCACACCCGCAUCAUAUGUCCGCUGCCGGCGGCAUUAAUUCACUUGCGUCCGGUCCGUCGGUAGCAACAGUGAAUUCACUGAACGCUUCAGUUGCCGCACAUCAGAACUCCUCACCGCUGCUGCCCACACCCGCCACCUCUGUCAGCCCCGUUAGCAUUGUGUGCAAGAAGGAGCACAUUAGCGCUGGCUACCCCAGCGGCCCGGUCGCCCAUGAUGGCUCCUUGCGCUCCGCCUACGAUUCGUUGAAAGAGGGCGGCGGCGAUAUUAGCAGCAGUGCUGCGCAUCAUCACAGCAUCUAUGGCACAGCGGCAGCAACGAAUCCACGCCUAGUCCAACCCGGCGGCAAUAUAACGCCGAUGGAUUCCAGCUCUAGCAUAACGACACCUUCUCCGCCCAUUACGCCCAUGUCGCCGCAGUCGGCCGCCGCAGCAGCGCACGCCGCACAAAGUGCACAGUCGGCACACCACUCUGCCGCCCAUUCAGCGUACAUGCCCAACCAUGAUUCAUACAAUUUCUGGCAUAAUCAGUACCAACAGUACCCCAACAAUUACGCUCAAGCGCCGAGCUAUUACUCGCAAAUGGAAUAUUUCAGCAAUCAGAAUCAGGUCAACUACAACAUGGGUCACACCGGCUACAGCGCAUCGAAUUUCGGUCUAUCGCCUAGUCCCUCCUUCACCGGCUCCGUGUCCGCGCAGGCCUUCUCGCAAAACAGCCUGGACUACAUGUCACCACAAGACAAAUACGUGAAUAUGGUGUAGAAUCUGCUGAU